AUGGAGGAGGGAGAGGUCGAGGAUGAGGUGGCGGAGGGACCUGCCGUUCAUCGCGAGGGCACCUUUGGCUUCGUCACCCUUGACGCAAACAACCCGUACUACGCCGGCUCGUGGCGCCAGCCCAACCGUCUCGGCGCCCGCAAGUGCAACAACGAAGGCUAUACCGCGGUCUUCCACCGCGAGCUCCGGAAGCCGGCCCUCCGAGUCCCGAUCUCGGGCAUCUUUGCGACGGACAUCGCUAAGAGUGGCAAGUGGCAGUUUUUCACCGUCGAUAGCGCGUACGAGGAGAUGCUCAGGACGAUGAAAGUGAAGCACCUAGCAAACAUCACGAACGGCGAGCCGGACCCUAUCGUCCGUCUGUUCAUCGAGGCUCCGACGGCGGACCCAGCGGAAUGGGAGAAGUUCCGCAAAAUCCUGCGCGCGCACGACUUCGGAACCCCUGCGACUGGGAAGCCCGAGCCCUUCACAGGCAAACUAUGGUGCGCUUACUGUCACUCCGUGGAUCAUCCCGUCGGCCUGUGCGAUUUGCUAAAAGUCGAGGGCUGGCACGACGUGAUCCCCGGCUCUGUCGCGAUAGCGGACCAGAACGGCGGACAAAAGAAGGCCAACCGAGAUGCGGAUCGCGGACGCCAGGAGAAGCGCGGAAACGGACGCGACAAGGGUAAAGGCAAGGCCGUAAACCGCAAGUAG